AGGCGGGGCGUGGCCUGCCAUGACCAUCCGUACCGCUCGCACCCUUGUGACCAGGCUCUCAGCCAUUUUGCUCGGAAUCAGACAUGGUUCGAACAUCGCGCCGACCGCACGUUACUGAAUUCCGACGAUGUUCCGAUUGAUUCUCUGCAAAUAUAAUAUUUACAAUACAAAGUGUUCUCAAAUCGUGUGCACGUCAGAAAUCCAGUGCUUGAGUGGUUCCGAUAAGUUAGUGUCGUUAAUGUGUACAUAAUAUGUACGAUAAAUGAUUACCUGUGACAGUGAUUACCAAUAAUUGUUAACACUUAUCAAUACAUUGAAGAAAGAUCGCAUCAUCAUCGCAUGCGGACAUGCCAGAACGACACCGCAACAUUUGCGCAGUCAAAUCGUUCGAUUCGGUGAUCUUCGAGGAUGGAAACAAACACGCUGUAGUCUGGAUGUAAGCAGAGCAAAUGGCUCACUCUGACUUGGCUGCUUCGCAGGCGACCACGGCCGAUCAGGAUCAUGUGAACACGUCGAGCACCGAGAAUGUGCCCAAGCAGCCAACGUUGUCCAGCCUCUAUCCUCUUGGAACGCAGAGAAAUUCGCAAUCGCAAUCGCAAUCGCAAUCGCAAUCGCACUCGCAGGCCCAAGCCCAGGCCACGACAAUGGCCCUGGAACAGUACCGCCUGCAGCUGUACAACUACGCCCUGAGCAUCGAGCGCUUCCGCUGCCCCCAGUAUGGCGCAGGAGGAGGCGGAGGCGGAGGAGGCGGAGCGAAUGCCCCGUGGCUGCACCUGAGCCCCUACGGACACCAGGGCUCAGGCAGCCUUCCGGGAGCGAACCGCAUGGCCGCCCUGUCGACCAUUUCGCUCUUCCCGCAAACGCAGCGCAUUUUCCAGCCAGAGGAGCCCAAGCCGCAACACAGCUACAUUGGGCUCAUAGCCAUGGCCAUUCUGAGCUCAGCCGAACUGAAGUUGGUCCUCUCAGACAUUUACCAGUACAUUUUGGAUAACUAUCCGUAUUUUAGAAGCCGCGGCCCGGGCUGGAGGAACUCCAUCAGGCACAACCUCUCGCUAAACGACUGUUUUAUCAAGUCUGGCCGCAGUGCCAAUGGCAAGGGGCACUAUUGGGCCAUCCACCCGGCCAACAUGGAUGAUUUCCGCAAGGGCGACUUCAGGCGGCGCAAGGCCCAGCGUAAAGUGCGCAAGCACAUGGGUCUGUCGGUGGACGACGCCAGCACCGACUCGCCCAGUCCGCCCCCCCUGGACCUCACCACCCCGCCUCCGCCCGGCGCGCAGUCCGCCAUGCAACUGUCGACUCUGGGCUAUCCAUACCACCAGCAGCACAUCGGCCACUUCUUCAACCGGAGCUCGGCACCAGGCAUCUCCCAGUACCCCGCCGAUCCGCCCGUGCUCAUGCCGCGUCCACCGCCCAGCCAGCUGGACCAGCUCCAGCUCCAGCUCCAGCUCCAGCAGCCACAUGGCCAGCAUCAGCAUCAGCAUCAGCACCAGCAUCAGCACCAGCAUCAGCACAUCGCCUACAUCAACUCCACCACUACGACGACCAUUGCGAACAUGUUUUCGCAGACUCGCAAGCGUCAGUUCGACGUGGCCUCGCUCCUGGCACCCGACGUCCAGAUCGUCGACAUUGUGUCCGAGGACCAGGAGUCCUCGGUGAGACCAGCUGCCUCGGCGAGGACAACGACCCAGACCCACACGGUCAUCACGAAGCAGACCAUACACCGCGAGGUUGUCCUGGGACUGGAGCAACCCGUGACCGACGCCGACAUCGACACUGAUGUCGAUGUGGAGGUCAACGUUGAUGUGGUAGACGAAAGCAUUAAUCCUGACUCCGAUCCCUAUCCAGAUGCGGAUCCGGAUGGGGAUGGGCAGGAAAAGAGCAGAGUGAAGCUGUUUGCCUCUGUUGAGGACAACAACUCGUACCUUAGCGAUGGCAGGCUGUCUGAUCCAGAUCCAGAUCCCGAUCCCGAUCCCGAUCCCGACCCCGAUCCUGAUCCUGAAGAUCUGGAGCAGCACCCUUACUCCGUGUCCAGCUCGGCAGCGAGGUCCUUGGGCAGCAGCAGCAGCCAGCACGAGGAGUCCAGUUCACUAGAGGAGUGUCCCCCGCCCGUUCUCCUCUCGCCCCUGCCCGCUGCAAGGCCGUCGACUCUCGGAGUGGCCAUUCCAAACGCCUACAUCGAACUCAACCAAGUCGAUCCGCACAUGCUGAGCAGGUACUACGGGACGUACAUGGCCGCAGCUGCUCGACGAGCUAGUAUGGAGGCGUCCAAGACUGGACGGACGUCCUCCAUUACGCCACCUCCGAAGACGGAAAUAGUCUCACAGAAGCAGUAGAUCACAUCAGACCGCCCACAUUGCCCACAUUGCCCACAUUGGUAAAGUGUGCAGGGUCAAUAUAUGUAUAUACUGCAUAUGAUAUACUAGUUCAUUUGAAGCCGACGACCCACCCUGCAAUACAAACACAUACAUACCUAAAUCGAUACUUAUUAAAUAGGGUUCUUCAGUGUAGUUUUAUAUGUUUUAACGAGCGUAAAUAAAUGUUAAACUAUUGUUAAACUUCGUAGGUUGCUAAAUAAGUUUAGUGACUUGAUAAAACUCUGUACUGUAAAUCUCACUCAUCCCGAUAAUCACUUAAUAAACUCCAAUUUUUAGUAUCGUCCUAA